AGGGGGGUUUGGUCUUAGUUUGCCACAAAUGUUGUUGAUAGACUAGAAAUAGUGGAUCAAUUCAGCCUUUUGUGAAAACCACCCUCUUUGUCCAUAUCUAUAAUAAGAGCAUUGACUUUCCUCAGGACCUGCAAGGCUCGAUGGAGAGGAUCAGCUCUUUCCUGCAGUUCCCCCUGGUGGGCGAGGAGUUAACCAACUCCCUGAGACACUGCAGCUUCAGCAGCAUGAGCGAUAACGCCAUGGUGAACUACACUCAGAUCCCAAAGGAGAUCAUGGACCACAGCAAAGGCAAAUUCAUGAGGAAAGGUAUAAUCGGUGACUGGAGAAACACUUUCACAGAGGAGCAGAUUGGUAUUUUCGACACCGUCUACAGCUACCAGAUGAAAGACUGUCCCUUGACCUUCAUGUGGGAGUGUCCUCCUGAGUCCUGUUGGGGAGGAGGAGGACAGGUCUCUGGGGAUCAGGAUAGGGCCCUUACCCUCCACGACGCCGGAGAUUGA